GGAGGCGGGCGAGGGCGGCUGCCAAGAUGGAGGAGUACGCGCGCGAGCCCUGCCCCUGGAGGAUAGUGGAUGACUGUGGAGGUGCUUUCACCAUGGGAGCCAUAGGAGGUGGCAUCUUCCAAGCCAUCAAGGGCUUCAGGAACUCCCCAGUGGGUGUGAGCCAUCGGCUGAGGGGCAGCCUGACAGCCAUCAAGACAAGAGCUCCACAGCUGGGAGGGAGCUUUGCUGUCUGGGGAGGACUCUUCUCCAUGAUUGACUGCAGCAUGGUCAGGAUGAGAGGGAAGGAAGAUCCCUGGAACUCCAUCACCAGUGGGGCUCUGACUGGAGCCAUUUUAGCUGCAAGAAAUGGGCCUGUGGCCAUGGUGGGCUCUGCGGCCAUGGGGGGCAUCCUGCUGGCACUCAUCGAGGGAGCUGGCAUCCUGCUGACCAGGUUUGCCUCUGCACAGUUCCCCAACGGCCCCCAGCUGUCCGAGGACCCUUCCCAGCUGCAGCCUGCUCCCUUCAGCGAGUACCGGCAGUACCAGUGACCCUGCCCCCUGC